AUGGAACUUGGCAUAAAGGAGCAGGAAACAUCGGAAGGACAUGACACUAAUGCAAAACAUUGCACUGUCAUAACUGGAGCUGAAAAUAAUGAUGCAAAAGAUGAUGUCCAGGAUGAUACAAAGGUUGAAAAUAGUCCAAAACAACUAGCUGCUCGCGGAAGGAUUGAUGGGGAAAUUCAAAUGGAAGAUGAUCCAAAUAAGAAUGACCAACAAAAGCAACUCGUUGUCUUUGAUUCAGUGAUAACAAAUAAACUCCAGAUUUCACAAGAAGAUGUGGAGGAUACUAAUGAGUCUGUGCACAAAGAAGAAGAAUCAGAUAAGUUGUGGUUGAGACGGCAGGCACUCCGAAACAAGUAG